AUGCCCUCACUCACGAAGCCGCUCCCGCCUCUGCCAGAAGUCACCGAAGCCACCCAGCCCAAGCCACAGGCUGCUGCACCAGCCGAGCCACCCAAAGAGGAGCCCCAACGGGUUAUGGCGUUGCUGCCGCCCUCUCUUCCACCAGCGCCAGCACCAACCCCUCCGGAGAAGGUACAGAAAGCACCAGCACCAACUCCUCCGGUGAAGGUAGAGGAAGCACCGGCACCAUCUCCUUCUGUGACAGCAGAGGAAACAGAACCUGAACGCGCUGCUCCAGAGGUACAAAGCAAGCCAAGUGUGGCGCCACUUCCACCAGUGCCUCAAGAAGCACAAGAAUCAUCUAAUUCAUCAGAUGAUUCCCCUGACGUGGCCAAAGGGGGUCUCUUGGUGCGCGACGGGCGUGAGUUGACGUCAGCCGAAAAGGCAGAGAGACUUGCGAAGCAAUCGAUUGUUGAGGAAGUGGAGAUUGCAGGGCCGCGCUUGUGCUACAGGAUAUGCAGAGGAACGGGGCCAGAAACGGGAUGGGUCAGCAUGAAGCUCAAAGACAAGCAUUUGCUGGUUCCUGCAGACACACGAGAAACUGGGAAGAGGUUCAGUGCAGAGACACCAUUGCCCGAACUGCUUUGUGUUCAGCCUAGUGUAAAGCAUGGCACUGAAAGAGGUGCCCUUGCAACACUGGACGAAUUGGAGCAAAAGGCCUGGGCACAAGUCAAAGAAACCAACAGCUCAAUGAACAGUGGGAAAGAAGCACUCGAAGACAAAAUGGUCCGCUUCAAGAGCACAGUUCAAGACCUCCUCCACGUGGCAUGGAAGCGUGAGAACCGCAAGCGCGUGGUCUUGUUUCUUGCGAAGCUGCUCGAGUUCUGCAGCAAGAACAAUUGGACUCGUGCAGCUCAAAUUCUUUGUCACCAGUUGUGCUUAGUAUCCUGGGCUUCAUCAAUGGUAGAUGUGGAGUAUUACCCCUUCCGAGAUGAUGCUGAAACCAAUCCCAUGGUGUUGCUGUGUGGCUUUGGUGGAUCCCACCUGGAUGAUUUGCAGCCAGCCAUCGAGCAAUGGACGAAGCGUGGUGCAGCAGUGCUGGCCUUUGGGCCAGCUCUUGUUGGAAGGGAAGACAUGUUGGAGCGAAUAUACGAAAAGCUGAUGGAGGUCCUGGGUGGUCAUCCUGUGAUCCUCCAUUUCUUUAGUGACGGUGGAUUUGGAAUGGCACGCUCCUUGUUGGGAAUGUGGAAUGAAAGCUGGCAGCAUGGCCAAACACGUCAAUCACCCGCUGAGACGAUCAAGUGCAUCAUCUCCGACGGAGCUGGUCUUUUGCCUCACGAGACCACUUACAUCGAAGACAUCCAAGGUGGGAAGGGUGAGCCGACCACGACCACCAACACGGCCUUGGCAUUCUUCACUGGUUGUGGAUUAAACAUGUUGAUGACCUUUGGUGCCUGCCAGGCCUUCCACGAGGAGCUAGGAGACAAGGUUGUUCCUCUCGAGCGCUCCUUGCUGCUCGAAAGCUGGCUUCGCAAUCUUCCAACGCGUCAAUCCCUCCAAGAGGGGAAGGAAAGGGAUGAAACUCGUUUAUACACACUGAUUCUGGAAAAGGCCCUGCAUUGCAGAGCUAUGGCCACUCAUGCCGAAGAGUAUUGGGAAGCAGUCGACAACUUGCUAGCAGCAGGUGGGGUAUCAUGCUCAGGGUAA